UGCCAGUGUGGUUGCGAGCGUUGUAGGGCAGACGUUUAACGAAUGUUAUUUUCUCGCUCGCUCUCUCCCUCUUCUCUCUCCCCCUGUCUCUCUUUCUCUCUCUCUCUCUCUCUCUCCUUCUCUCCCCCUCCCUCCCUCCCUCCCUCUCUCACUCUCUCUCUCUAAGCUGCAGCCUCUGCGAUUGCAAUUGACAGCGUCUGCAGUUCAUGCAAGAUGGCCGCUUGGCUGCUGUUCAUUUUUUCCUCCUGAUCUACAACUUUCAUUGUUUUCUGCGGGGUGCACGCUGUGGCCCGGAGUCGGCGUGCCCGGGGCAUGGUGUCUCCAAGGCUGCAGUGUCUAAGAAAGAUCUCCCAGGCGUGCUCUAUCAAAGUGAUCCUCUGUUGGGAACCGCAGCUUCCCAUUAGCUGCUCUGAAAAGGAGAGAGGCGUUUACAGAAGAAAAUCGUGCGAUCACAAAAGCCACUACUUAAAGCUAGUGUCGACGUGGAGACUAUCUCAAGGAGAGCCAAAAAAAACCGAUGAUGUGCGCUGUGUUGGGGCUCAUUUGAAAUGGCGCUUUCAGAACGUGGCCAUUUUAGUCCAAAAAUGCACCGUACAACACGAAUCAAAAUAACAGAACUGAAUCCCCACUUGAUGUGUGUGUUGUGUGGAGGAUACUUCAUAGAUGCAACAACCAUCAUUGAGUGUCUACAUUCAUUUUGCAAAACCUGCAUUGUUCGUUACUUGGAAACGAGCAAGUACUGUCCUAUUUGCGAUGUACAAGUACACAAAACGAGGCCCCUUCUUAACAUUAGGUCUGACAAGACUUUACAAGAUAUUGUGUAUAAAUUAGUUCCUGGCCUUUUCAAAGAUGAAAUGAAACGUAGAAGGGACUACUAUGCAGCUCAUCCCUCUGCUGACGCAGCAAAUGGCUCUAAUGAAGACAGGGGAGAAGUUACCGAAGAAGAAAAGAGGAUUAUAACAGAUGAUGAAAUCAUUAGUUUGUCAAUAGAAUUCUAUGAACAAAAUAAAACUGAACGAAAAGGAUCUGCAGAAAAAGAGAAAACUAAAGAUGAGAUGAAUGACAAAAGAUAUUUGCGUUGCCCAGCAGCCAUGACUGUAAUGCAUUUAAGGAAAUUUCUAAGGAGUAAAAUGGACAUUCCCCAUACCUUCCAGAUUGAUGUUAUGUAUGAAGAUGAACCAUUGAAGGAUUAUUAUACUCUUAUGGAUAUUGCUUAUAUUUACACAUGGAGGAGGAAUGGACCACUUCCUUUAAAAUACCGAGUGAGGCCAACAUGCAAAAGAAUUAAGAUUGGACAUCAACAAGAUGGAUUAAAUAACACCAGUGGAGAUUUAGAAAGUGACUCUGGUAGUGACAAGGCUAAUAGCCCAUCUGCUGCACCAUCUACAUCAUCAUCACUGCCCAGUCCUUGUACUCCAGGGCAGUCUCCACAUCCACAUUUCCCUCAUAUAUCUACAACUAUGAAUGGCUCCUCCAAUCCCAAUACCAACCAUCAAAUCCCAUUCAGCAAAAACAGGCCACGGAAAUCAUCUGUCAAUGGCUCUUCAGCAUCAUCAGGCUGACAAUAUUCAUCAACAAGGUAGAACUAGGAUACAUGAAUGAAGACCAGUUCAUACCGUGCAACAAUAUAUAGAAAUGCUUAGCAUUGUGACCAUCAUUAAUACCACUGUUUUGAAGUGAGUGGAUAUCUGGUUCAGAACAAAAAUAUGUGGCUUUACUACAAAUGGUUUUGACAGUCCCUUUCUGCAAGACAGCUUUCCAAAUUCUGAGAUGCAUAUUGGCAAUGGAUCCAUGUCACUGAAAUGUACUUUACACAUUUUGAGGAUAUUUACUCACAUUGGCAUUGGAUUUAAUUAACUGCAAAGAAGACUAUAUUCUUAAAGUGGAAAAUGAAGGAAGGAAAACUGGAUGGGAUUCUAUUGUAAAGAUGUAAGCGCUGGAAGAUAAUUUGUAUAGUUUAAUUACAUUGAAGUUUACUAUAACUGUAUAUCAACAUACUUUUAAUUUUGCCAAAAAUAGGCAUUGUGAUAUUGGCUGUACAGAUUAAAUAUAGAAGGAUAGUGAUUUUUCACAAAGAUACACACUGAAAAUGAAUUUUAAGAGGAAUGAAGCAUAGAAAGAUGUAUCCUUUGUAGCCAUUUCACUGUGAAAAAUGACUGAAAAUAGAUGUUGACAUCUUUGGUUGUUAAAUGUUUUCUCCUGCAGCAUUUAGUAUAUGUACUACAAGAAAGUACUGAAUCGAUCAAGUCAGAAUAAAAUUGUUUUAAUUAUAAAUAAUUUUAUACUUAAAGUGGGAUGGACUAAGUGAAUUGUCUGUAGAAUAAUAAUAUUUACUAUACUUUGUGAUUCUAUUGACUAAUUAAUUUCCCAGAUCUUAAAAGAUGCUGAAUGAAUUCAAAGGUAUAGUAUGUACAUAUGGUUGCCAAACAUCCAAUAUAUUCAUCAUACUCUUUAUUAGCACAUACUACCUUUGACAAUUCAGAUAAUCAUUUCUGAAUAUCUUGCCCCUGUAUAUUACCACAAAUGAAUAACGUGUAUUAAGGUAUAUAGAAAUGUUUUGCUUGAAAUGUUCAUUUCAAUUGUUUUCAUUUAAAUUGAACCUCCUGUCCAAAAUAGUAUUGACAACUUUUUAACAUUUGACAGAGGUUAUCUUGUUCAUUGACAAUUAAAUGUACGUCAAACUACAUUUUUAAAAAUAAUGUUACUUGUUUGCAAUGUUUUUUUUCCUCUAUAAAUAAUGUCAUUGUUCAGCAUUAGCCUGGUAUCUAUCCCACCCAUGCCAGUGUGCAGUGCUGGGGAGGAGUCUAAAAAUGUAAGAAUAGAUCAAGAUUUUUUAAAUUCCAAUAAUGCAAUUUGAAAAUACAUGGUGACUGUUGGUUUUAUUAUAGUGAUUAAAAAUUAGAAAUAGAAUUGUUUAAAAAUAUUUCCAUUCUCAAGUCUUUAAAAAUUAAAUCUCCAAAACUCAACUUAAUUUGGUCCAUCACAGAGCAAUCAACACUAGGCACUUCAAUAAUGUUUCAGGUAAUUUAAAAGAUGGUUGCCUUCAUAAUAGAUAUAACCAUGUAAAGAGUAAUGUUCUGAUAUAGAGUUACCAAUAGCUGGUAAGACAACUAUCACACUGCUUAUAAUUGCAUAAUUUUCUUGCAAAAAUCUCAUCUCUAAUUGUUUCUGUCAUGAUAUGUUUAAACCAAAUGACCGAGUGGCCUGUUAUAACAAUAUUAAUUAAUGAUGGGAAAUGAAAGCUUCAGCUGAUUUUGUAUUCAUGACAUUUUUUGUAGGUUUGUAUGUAACACAUCUAAAGUGACUUUCUAAAUGUCAUCUUUAAAGAAAGACAUUUGAGAUGAUGAGUGAACUGAAUCCACAAGAACAGCAUUGAUUUAAAAGACGUUUUAGUUUUAAACUCUGUAAGCAAACGGUAUUUAAGAAAUAAUGGGGAAUUAAAUCCUGUCUUAAAUGCAUAAUGCUGCCCAUCCGUUCACCUACCCAAGUCUACCUGCAACCAAUAUAUAGUCGAGCAAGAUAACCUCCCUUUCAUCAUGGUCGGCAGUAUACACUUACCUCGCCAGACUCUUGAUGAUCAUUUCUCCUCAAGGUGGUCCAAUUCUCUGUGUGGAAAGCACGUGACAGUGUUGUUGUCUUGUGUUUUGGCGUUGUUCUACUUUCGUUGAUGCUGUACCCAAGUCGGAUAUUUUAUCCUAAAUUGAAAAAAGCACAAUGCAACUCGUGCUUUAAUUUUAUUAAAAGUCUAUUAAAGUUAAUGAUUUUGAAUUUC